GUCCCGCCCAGAAAGGCCAUGUCCCACGGCCCCCGACAGCCAGGCGGGGCCGCCGCGCCUGCAGGAGGCAAGACCCCGGGCCAGCACGGGGCCUUCGUAGUGACUGUCAAACAGGAGCGCAGCGAGGGUCCCCGUGUGGGAGAGAAAGGGUCCCAGGAGGAGGAGCCGGUGAAGAAGAGAGGCUGGCCCAAAGGCAAGAAGAGAAAGAAGAUUCUCCCUAAUGGGCCCAAGGCCCCUGUCACGGGCUAUGUUCGCUUUCUGAACGAGCGUCGGGAGCAAAUUCGCACUCGCCACCCGGACCUGCCCUUUCCGGAGAUCACCAAGAUGCUGGGCGCCGAGUGGAGCAAGCUGCAGCCGUCAGAGAAGCAGCGGUACCUGGAUGAGGCAGAGAAGGAGAAACAGCAGUACUUGAAGGAGCUGUGGGCAUAUCAGCAGUCGGAGGCCUAUAAGGUCUGCACAGAGAAGAUCCAAGAAAACAAAAUAAAAAAGGAGGACUCCGGCUCUGGGCUCAUGAACACGCUCCUGAAUGGGCACAAGGGUGUGGACUGUGAUGGCUUUUCCACCUUCGAUGUCCCCAUCUUCACUGAAGAGUUUUUGGACCAAAACAAAGCCCUGGGCUCUGACUACCGUCCCGUAGCACGCGAGGCAGAGUUGCGGCGCCUGCGGAAGAUGAACGUGGCCUUCGAGGAGCAGAACGCGGUGCUGCAGCGCCACACGCAGAGUAUGAGCUGCGCGCGCGAGCGUCUGGAGCAGGAGCUGGCGCUGGAGGAGCGGCGCACGCUGGCGCUGCAGCAGCAACUGCAGGCAGUGAGGCAGGCGCGAGCACCUGUGACAAACAGGCUUCUAGAACGGGAGAUGACCCUCCCCACCCGCCCAGGAAGAAGCUGGGGGUCCCGAUGGGGCCACGCCCGGUGCUGCACCUUGGGGUCUCCAGACGCUACCCCUCCCAAGAAAUCUCAACGGCAUCCUUUUAGCUUCAAACCCUAGGCUCCCAGAUUGCAGAACCCGAGACCUACCUCCCUUGCAGGAAGGUCACACCACAGUGGGAGAGAAUGGAGGGGCCUGGGCCACUACACUUGGACACACCCCCACUCCUGGUACAGAACAUGACUGUGAACCCACUGCACCGGCGCUGGGUGGUGUGGCACAGCCAGGGGAGGCUGCAGUACAACCCAGCGCCUUCCAUCGCUCAAUCCGGACUUUUGAAUAAGCGUCAAAUAAAACAAGUGGGGUUUGCACUCAA